CACGGGACAAGGAAAGGAAUAGAACAAAAAAGCUGAACGGAACGCCCAAUUCCCCGCCAGAAAGAAAUAGAAUCCCUCUCUCUCCCUCCCCAAGAUACAACUAUGGCAUCCAGUCCGAACAACACCGCCUCCGCUCAACCGGCUGCCGGAAGACCCCAACCCUCGCAUCCAUCUCCGUCCCCAGUUUACCAGCAGCAGCAGCAGUACUACCUUAACAACAGCAACUGCCAAAACCUCCCUCCCAGAUCCCAAACCCAGAUUCCCAUCUCCAGUCCCCCGCCGCCUGCCCAAAACGGCAUCGUAUACCCUCUUGCUUCCUCCGGCCGCGGCUUCGUUCCGGGCACUCUCCGCCCCUCCUCCGAUCACAGCUUUCCCCUCUCUAAUAACACCACUCCCACUACUACUACUCUUCUUCUUCGCGGGACCUUCAAUCCCUCUUCCUCCGCCCUUAGUUACAGGCCAGCCUCUCCAUCUCCCUUGCUCUCUCACCCUCAAUAUCCAGCUCUCUCCAGGCAGCCGCCUUCCAUUCCCAACCCUCUCCAUACCCUCGUUCCUUCUCCUCCCGCUAUCAAGGGAAUCCCCCUUCCUUGCCAACUCAUGGUUGCCCCAUCUCCUUCCCCAGUUUCUGAUUCUAGUGGCUACAAAAAUACGAGGUCAAAUUGGCGCAGCGUUAUCAUCUUAGGUGUAGUAAUCAAGAAUUCAUUGCAUUUGCACACCACUAACUUUGAUCAUGCUACUCUUGUUCUUUAUGCAGGGACGUAACGGAUGAUGCUGUCAUUGUAGUUAGAGAUCGAAAAGUAAGAGUAUCUGGUGGAGCUUCUCUUUAUGCACUCUGUCGAUCAUGGUUGAGAAACGGUGUUGCUGAGGAAAGCCAGACACCCUAUAGCGAAGGUGCAAAGACUCUCCCCAGACCCUUGCCAUUACCUGUGGUGGACAGCACUUCGCCAAGUAAGGAAGAUGAAGGAGAAGACACUGACCAGGCUGAAGAAACUGUUGAACAUUUAUCAGCGCAAGAUUUGCUAAAGAGGCACAUCAAGCAUGCAAAAAAGGUUCGAGCAAGAUUAAGGGAAGAACGGUUGAGUAGAAUCGCAAGGUACAAAACUAGGUUGGCUCUUCUUCUUCCCCCACAAGCAGAGCAGUUAAGAAAUGACACAGCAGCUGGGAACUGAGGCAGGGAAUGGGCAUAAUGAAGAAGUUAGGGAGUGCCAAAUGAAAGAGGUUCUCUUCCCUAUUCUCCCUGGAAAGCAAGAUCAGCUGGCUUAUAUUCCCUGUCAUGUGGUGAGUGGUGACCUGAUGUUUCAGUUUGCCUCUGUCAAUGACUACUUGCAAGAAUUAAGGCAGCUGUAUUAACUUCCGCCAAACGAUAGUUGGUGGAGAUGCAAAGAAGUGGAAGAUUGAAGUAUUAUUGGUUGCUCGAGUAGGAUGCUUGUAUUGUAGCGCGUGACUCAGAAGUCAUUUCCUGACCAUUAUGAUAUUGAUAACACUAAUGUCUUCCAUAGCAUGUUGCGUUCAGGAAUGCAUGUUCAUGUGUAAACUAUACCAGCUGAUGCGUCAUAUGGUUCUAUU